ACUGGGUUUCAGAUGUGAGGUGACGCCUAGUGGUACUGUGUACAAGUGUGAUUGAAAACAGUUAAAGUGGCGACAGGGCUUACUUCUAAGCAAGUGUUUUGGAAGGGGACACAUUGCAGGAGUACUACGGCAGCGGAUGGGCAAUGGAGGAAACCAAAGUAAUCUACCACAUUGAUGACGAAUCUACGCCAUACUUGGUUAAAAUUCCACUGCCGUCGGCCCAAGUUACACUCAAGGACUUCAAGAUGGUGCUCAACAAGCAGAAUAGCAAUUUUAAGUACUUCUUCAAGUCCAUGGACGCAGACUUUGGUGUGGUUAAAGAGGAAAUCGUUGAUGAUUCCACGAUUCUGCCAUGUUUUAAUGGACGGGUGGUGUCAUGGUUGGUUACGGCCGAUGGAAGCAAUGUCUCUGACAACUGUUCGGAGAUACCACAUAGUGAAUUAGAUGUGCGACGAGAAGUGGUACGUAAAACCCCUGGAUUGACCUAUCAGAGUGCAUCUGUAUUAUCCAGCGAUAUAGACAGUACGUCUCUCUUCGAAACUGAGUCUGAAAUCACACUAGACCGGGAUAUGACAGAAUGCAGCUCAAUUCAGCGAUUGCAGGUCAGGAAAAAACCACAGCGUCGGAAGAAAAGGCCGCCAUCCAUGAGUCGAACAAGCAGUUACAGUAGCAUCACAGACUCUACAAUGUCACUUAACAUCAUCACAGUGUCCAUAAAUAUGGACACAGUUAACUUUUUGGGUAUUUCAAUUGUUGGACAGUCAAACAGAGGCGGUGAUGGGGGAAUUUAUGUAGGCAGCAUCAUGAAGGGGGGUGCUGUGGCACUCGACGGACGUAUAGAACCGGGUGACAUGAUAUUGCAGGUGAAUGAUGUUAAUUUUGAGAAUAUGACUAAUGAUGAAGCAGUUCGUGUUCUACGAGAAGUGGUACAGAAGCCGGGUCCAAUAAAAUUAGUGGUAGCAAAAUGCUGGGAUCCAAAUCCAAAAGGCUACUUCACAAUUCCGCGAACAGAACCUGUGCGCCCUAUUGAUCCUGGAGCUUGGGUAGCACAUACACAGGCGCUUCGUCAACAUGAGCCACAAGGAUCAGCAGAUGGUAUUUUAGGCAAUCCGGCAGAACCUCAUCUUAGCACAAAGUCUCAUCUGCGUGAAAUUGUUCGUUCUAUGGCGCGAUUAGACUCAGGUCUUGAGAUUCGCGACCGGAUGUGGUUGAAAAUCACCAUUCCUGCUGCAUUUAUUGGAGCUGAUGUAGUGCAUUGGAUUAUGGAGAAUGUCGAGGGCGUCGAGGAUCGUCGUGAAGCGCGAAGAAUUGUAGCAGCAAUGCUAAGAGCGGGUUACAUAAAACAUACCGUAAAUAAAGCCACAUUUUCUGAACAAUGCUACUAUGUACUUGGCAUAGGUAGCACCACUGCCGGCGAUACAGAUAGUCUCACCAGUGAUAUCGCACCCUUACCAAAUCCACCUAUGUACAUGCCAUACUCGGCUGUCUACAAUCCCAGCCACGGUUAUCAGCCGAUACAGUACGCCGACAGACCUAUAUCGUCGGGGUCUAGUAGUUCUGAUGUGCUCACCAGUAAAGAUAUAUCAGCCUCUCAAAGUGACAUAGCGUCUAUUAUACAACAAACCAAUAACAUAAACAUCACAAAUGGGUCCAACAAGUCAUCAGGAUCAUCAAAUCGCGGUGCAAUUGAUCAUGAGCUCCACGGAGGCUAGAAAGAGUGCCAAAACGCUGAAAGUACGAUUCUACCCCAACAUUAAACAAUGUGCAAUGAAUGAUGACAACGCCAUUGCCUACGGAUAUGAGAGAUUGGAAUUACAGGGAUAUACCGAUUGUAGGAGAGAGGAAUAUAUACAAUUUCUGUUCUGCCUCUCAUUUUCACACUAACUGAAAAGAUGAUAUAAAUCAAGUAAAAUAAAGUGCCGCGAAGGCGAUAUUUGACUGUAAA